GAGACCCAGGGCGCUUUUCCCCGGCCCAGACCCAGGCCCAGCGAGGAUCCCGGCAGCCGCAUCCCUAGACACCCGCCACUGCCUGAUUUCCUGAGCGCGCGGCAUGAACCGCAAGAAGUUGCAGAAGUUGACGGACACCUUAACUAAAAAUUGCAAGCAUUUUAAUAAAUUUGAAGUGCAGUGUCUUAUAAAACUCUAUUAUAACUUGGUGGGAGAUAUAAUAGAGCGACAAGGUGUGGUCAAUGGACUGGAUCGUAAUGCAUUUAGAAACUUCUUGCAUGUGACAUUUGGAAUGACAGAUGACAUGAUUAUGGACAGAGUAUUCCGAGGUUUUGAUAAAGACAAUGAUGGUUGUGUAAGUGUAUCAGAGUGGGUAUAUGGAUUAUCACUGUUUCUCCGAGGAACUUUGGAAGAAAAAAUGAAAUAUUGCUUUGAAGUGUUUGAUUUGAAUGGUGAUGGAUUCAUUUCAAAGGAGGAAAUGUUCCACAUGUUGAAGAACAGCCUUCUUAAACAGCCAUCUGAAGAAGACCCUGAUGAAGGAAUCAAAGAUUUGGUUGAAAUAACACUUAAGAAAAUGGAUCAUGACCAUGAUGGGAAACUGUCCUUCUCAGACUACGAACAAGCUGUGAGAGAAGAAACUCUUCUACUGGAAGCUUUUGGACCAUGUCUACCUGAUCCAAAGAGCCAAAUGGAAUUUGAAGCCCACGUAUUCAAAGAUCCAAAUGAAUUCAUUGAUAUGUGAAUAACUAAAUGUCUGUGUUGCCUCAAAUGAGUAUAAAAAAGGAGGUGUAUAUGUAUUGUAUAUAUAUUUUUUCUACUUAGAAAGAUGAUAUUGAAUUGUGUGCUUGGGUAGGGAAUGUUGUUCACUUACAUAUAUCAUUCAACUUUGGUGUAAGAACCAAGUAAAAGGGAUGUAAGACAAGUUUCUUAUUAAAUGUUGUUGGGUUUGGGUUUAACAUUGCUAGAGGUAUUUUAUACCUAGACAUAUGUUGAAGCAUGUAACUAUCAGAAAAGUUUGUAUUAAUGAAAUGAAUAGUCAAACUAUAUAAUCUUGAAUUAUAUAAGGCAAUUAUUAAGGCAAAUAUUUUUCAUGUCAGAAAAAUGCUAGAUAUAAUAAAAUUAAAAAUCAUAGAAAUUACUGAAUGUUUUUGGAACAGUAAAUAAUUAAGAUGGUAUUGAAAGACAUUGGCAUUUAACAUUUAAAUACCAUUCUGCUAGGCACUGGGGGAGAUUUAAAGAGAUGAAAGAAACAUGUUGCGUAUUUUAAUAUGAUCUUUAUUAUUGUUUGAGGCUUUGUCAUUCAACCUGACUAGAUUGUAAGUAUCUGAGGGCUGGGGGUCAUCAUACCCAUGUACUGUCAUAACAGUACAGUCCUCUGCACAGAAAGGCUCUCAAUAAAUACUGUGGGUUGAAAAGUACAAUAAGAUAAAUCCAAACUCUUGGCAAGCAGGGGAAGAGGAAAGUGCUGUUUCUUGAGUUUAAUGAAUGAUGCAUGGGCACAGCUUUCAGUUUAUUUCUGGAGUCAUCCUGGUUGCCCCCUUCCCCUGCCAUUGCACUCAGUUGGCAAGCCUGUUCUGGCUCCCUCUGCUUCCUACAUCAGCUCUACUCUGUCCUCGUCACUGCCUUGGAUUCCCCUUGCAUACUCCCUUAUAAGGGGACCUGACUUCCCCUCUGCCCCCCACUAUCCAGCAGGUGCCUCUGGGCGUUGGGUGGAAGCGUGAAAAGAUGGGCUUAGUUAUGCUCUUUGAGUUGUUGUCUAUCUCUUUAGUAAACAUACCCAAGCAGCUAAUAUCUCUUCUGUCAAUAUGUAAAUAUUUAGAAGCUUUGGGGAUAUUAAAUACCUUUUACUAUAUAAGAUGAAGCAAACAAGUACAUUGUAUUAAAAAAUGGACAGUUACAAAUAAGUGGAAUAAGCAAUUCCAAGAAAUAAAGACAUUUCACUGUCCAAGUAUUUUCCUAAAAUUUUAGAUUGAUAUUGAGAUGGACUUUGACACAAUUUUUCUAUCUUAAGCAUGUAUAAAUAAUGUAAUACACAAUACUUUUCAUUUUGUAAUUGUAUUUUUCUGAUUAUAAAGUAACAGAGAUUAACUGAAGAAUACUUCAGAAGUUUAGGAAAUUCAACAAAUAAAUUUAAAUUAUUCAUUAAUAUUCUGGGAUAGGUUCUUUCAGGUUCUCUUAAGGCACCCUAUAUGUUUUUAGGUGAUCAUGUUGAAAAUGCUCUUUUGUAAGCUGCUGGUUUUGUGCACCACGAUCUCACGAACAUUUUCUCAGGUCAUUAGAUGUUUGUCUGCAGCCUCACUUGUAAUGGCUGCCUGGUGUCCCAUCACUACAGACUCACUCAACCACUUCCCUGCCACUGACAUGUGUUGGUUCACACAUUUUUGCUAUUAUAAAUAAUUUCUGAAAUGAACUAUUCUUAUAGACAAAUCUUCUCACAUGCAUUAUUGGUUACUUACUUGGGGUAAGUUUGUAAAUAGAGGAAUGUUGAGUUAG